AUGUUUUCACUGUUACAGGCAAAAGCACGCGGAUUCUUGAUUAGGAAAGUGUUCAGUGGCCUGAGUGCUGAAUAUGAAGAGAUAGUGCGAGAGAUCGAGGGGGAACUUAGUCAUCUGGAAUGGAGGGGGUCCAUAAUACCAAAACCUUAUUUCAUUGAAAAUGCCAUUUUACGACAAAAAGCUGCUAGCACUACCACAGGGGAGUCAGGAAAGCCAUGCAGUGCAGCCAGUUCAAAUAAACAGACAGAAGAACCAAGGGAGGAAGCGUCCGCUGAGAGUCAGGUGCCAGAGAAGGACAACAGCCAGCCUGUCUGUUCCCACCACAUCGCCACUGUAGAGGACGAUGCGUCCUCCAGGCCAGCAGAGGGCCAUAACGAAACAGCACUGCAAACCAGUGGUCCUGGACCUAGCCCUGAGGCACACAGCAAAGAUGAACCAUUGGAAGGAGGGGCAUCGCUGAGCCUGACCGAUGAAACGUCCGUCUGGGACAGCAUGACCAUCGAAGGGGGCGGCAGCUUUCUCCAGAAAGGACCCCGGAAUCGCUCCCUGGUUCAGGAACUCCCCAGGAACCAGGAGGACCUGAGACUGCACCGGAAAAACCUGGCCAUGGAACUGCUGUGGCUGCAACAAGCCAUUGCUAGCCGGAAGAAGGUGGGGCGCUGCUGUAGUGCCCUUGAGUUUAACUUGCACUACUCCAUCCUGGCCCCAGAGGGCAUUCUGCAAGUUCUCUAG